AUGUCUGGCCGCCCCUUCUACUUCUUCCUCUGCGCAGCCUUCAUCUUCCACCCUCAUCUCAUCUCAGCGCCCUCUGGGACCGCGCCCUGGUCCGCGCUGCGCCAGGUGGGCCACGGCUGGCCCUCGCUCGCGAGCCACCACCGCUCGGGCGUGGUCGGCGGACGCGCCCUGGCGCGCCGUUGGCUGUCGACCGAGGCCGAGGGCGCCGAGGACCUGGGCGAAGGCGUGCGCAACGAGAAGCUCCGGAACAUCGCCAUCAUCGCCCACGUCGACCACGGCAAGACGUCCCUCGUCGACAAGCUCCUCUCCCAGAGCGGCACCACGUCCCUUCGCGGCGGCGAACGCGACUCGAACGCGUUGGAGCAGGAGCGUGGUAUCACGAUCAUGGCCAAGCAGACGUCCAUCAAGUACAAGGACUACACCAUCAACAUCGUCGACACUCCCGGCCACGGCGAUUUCGGAGGCGAGGUGGAGCGAGUGCUGGGCAUGGUGGACGGCGUGGUGAUGCUGGUCGACGGCACGGAGGGUCCCAUGGCCCAGACCAAGUUCGUGCUCUCCAAGGCCCUCGGCUACGGCCUCAAGCCCAUCGUCGUCCUCAACAAGAUGGACCGCGACACCAUCCGACCGGACGAGCUCUUCGACCUGUUCGUCUCGCUGGACGCGUCGGAUGAGCAGCUGGACUACGUCACCCUCUACGCCUCUGCGCGCGAGGGAUGGGCCGUCAAGAACCGCACCGCCCCCAGGACCGACAUGACCGAGCUCUUCGAGACCAUCAUCGAGAAGGUGCCGCCGCCGCUCACGUAUCCGGAUGCGCCCUUCUCCAUGCUGGUGACCACCAUGGAAUACGACAUGCACCUGGGCCGAAUUCUGGUCGGGCGGGUGCGUUCGGGAAGCGUGACGACGGGCGACCAGCUGCACGGGCUGUCGCGCGAGGCCAAGGAGCUGGAGAAGUCCAAGGUGCUCAAGGUGCUCGGCCGCCGCGGCCUCGAGCGCUCCCCCAUCGAGCGGGGCGAGUGCGGCGACAUCAUCGGCAUCGCCGGCUUCGGCGCCUGCUCCGUGACGGACACGAUCUGUGCGCCAUCGGUAGUCCAUGCGCUCCCCGCCAACCCCAUCGAUCCGCCCGUGCUGUCGGUCGUUCUCAGCGUGAACGACUCGCCGCUGGCCGGACGCGAGGGCACCAAGUUGACAUCGACGCUUCUUCGUCAGCGUCUCUACAGAGAGCUUGAGAGCAACGUCACUCUCCAGAUCGGUGACACUGGCCGAGAGGGUGCGCUCGAGGUGAAGGGCAGGGGCGAGUUGCAGCUGGCGGUGCUGAUUGAGAACAUGCGGCGUGAGGGCUUCGAGAUCAGCGUGUCCCCGCCCAAGGUCCUCUUCAAGCAGGAGGAGGGCGAGCUCCUCGAGCCCCAGGAGGAGGUCACCGUCGACGUGCCCACCGAGUUCAGCGGCGUCGUCCUCGAGCGAUUCGGCCUGCGCAAGGGCGAGCUGGUGGAGAUGAAGACGGACGGCGACAAGGCGCGGCUCAUCUUCAUGUGUCCGUCGCGUUCGCUGAUCGGCUUCCGGCAGGAGCUCAACCAGCUGUGCCGCGGCACCGUGGUGCUGCACCACCUGUUCCACUCGUUCAUCCCGCACAAGGGCGUCAUCGAGAACGUGCGCAAGGGCGUGCUCCUCUCCAACACGAACGGCACCACGACCACCUACGCGCUCGAGAGCUUGGAGCAGCGCGGCACCAUGUUCGUCGGACCCGGCACCACGGUCUACAUGGGCAUGAUCAUCGGCGAGAACUCGAAGAAGGGCGACAUGGACGUCAACCCGGUCAAGGCCAAGGCCCUCACCAACAUGCGCACCCUGCUCAAGGACGAGAACGUUCGCCUCACGCCGCCGCGCAUUCUCACCCUGGAGGAGGCCAUCACCUACAUCGCCGACGACGAGCUGGUCGAGGUGACGCCCUCGGCCCUCCGCAUGCGAAAGGAGAUUCUGGACACGAGCACCCGCGAGACCAUGGCCCGCCGCGCCAAGAAGUCCGGCUAA